AUGGCGCCGACAUGGGUCUGGUCACUCGUAGCCGUGGCUGGAACGGCGACUGCAGCGGUCGUGGUCUUUAAGUACAUGAGGCGACGAGCUCAGAAUGAUCAAGAGAUAGAGGCGUCUUUGACUGGAGAGACCCAAGCGAGCGAAGACGUGGAGUACGAGUGGCUGUCGUCCCAAGACGAAGACGAGACGGAGGAGGUCGAUGCAGAGCAGCAGCAGCUGCAAUUUCUGGCCAUAGACCGAGCGAGGAACUUGCUGCUGGCGAUGUUUGGGUUUUUGCUGAUGGUGGUUGUGAGUAUCGUGUCGCUGGUUGUCACGUGGAACAAUAGCGACUACGACGAAAGCCUCUCGUUAGUUGAGCUGCCACUUUUCGAACCAUUUGUGUGGAUUGCCGUUGGAAUUAUCACUGCUGUUGGUACGGAGCUUAUCAUGCGAUCGAAAAGAGUGAGCACGUACGUCCCAAUGGUUGAAGAAAAGGCAGUAUUUCCACAUGAUGCGAGAGACUUUGAGCUUACCCGACAGCGCGAUGAUGAAGGAAUGUAUAGAGCUUCUGGGAAACAUAUUUAUGUGGAUUCUACGCGCUCUGAUCGCCGCGUCACAAAUGGAGACGACGAAGAUAAGGACAGUGUGCCGGAAGACACUAAGGCGAUACUUGAGCGUGCAGAUGAAUUGUUUGAGCAGAAGGAGCAUGCCCGGACGCGAGAAUACCUGAAUACUGAACUACAGGAGUAUCCUUCAUGCGUUGAAAUGUUGUGGCGCUUGGCUCGCGCGUGUAAUUGCCUCAUUGAUGAAGAGACAAGUACUGAUGAGAAGAGAGUGCUAGCGUUUGAAGGCUUGGCUGCUGCAGAGAAGGCGUAUGCUCUCGAUAGUGAUUUGGCUGCAUCCAAUAAGUGGAUGGCCAUCAUGACCAGCACGGUGGGUGGCUUCUGUGACUUAAAGGAGAGGAUUGCAGGGGCCUACGUGAUUCGAGAUCAUAUUGAGCGAGCAAUCGAACUGGACCCGACUGAUGCGACGUCGCACAAUAUCCUCGGACAGUGGUGUCUAGCCUUUGCUGACAUGACUUGGAUCGAAAAGCGCGUCGCUACUGCUCUGUUCAGCACGCCACCUACUGCUACGUAUGAGGAAGCUGCACAGCACUUUCAAGCAGCUGAAAGCAUCAGUCCCGGGUUCUGGAAGAAAAAUGUCUUACUGCUUGCUCAGACCUACCUGAAGAUGCAGCGCACAAAAGAAACUGAGCAGUGGUUGCGUAGGGCUGAGACCGUGCCGGUGAAGACGAAAGAGGAUGAGGAGGUAGCACGGGACAUUGCGAAACUGAUGAAGCAACUGAAGUUGCAAUGA